AUGUGGAAACGAGCGUGCGAUCCAUGCGCCGCGCGAAAAGCCAAAUGUGAUCGGCAUUCGCCGUGCCAGCGGUGCAAGGCGCAUAAUCUCUCCUGCACAACCGUACGCGUAUCCGCAAAGCCAGGCCCCAAAGGCCCAUGGUCCAACAGAAGAAAAUCUCGUACCAAGACUCAAAAACUUUCCCCGGGAGCAGAGCCUGCACGAGAUGAACUACUGCAGUAUCUCUACAUCUACCUGCAGGAGUCGUACACUCUCUGGCCGGUCAUUGACGUAGAGCGCAUGAGCAGCCGCCUUCUGAACACAGCAGAUGUUUCAGCAUACGCUCUCUGCACUGCAAUCAGCGCAGUUAUCCUCCAGCGGACAGCUCAAUAUCGAAUACCAGAUAAUGGACAGAGCUAUCCAGGCAUAACUGAACACUCGAUACUGGCAGCAGAAUCCAAGAAAGCGCGAACAUCUCUGCUAUACAGCCCAAGGCCUGACCUUGAUAUCCUACUGUCCUCAUUUUUCUUGCACAUUUACUCUGCAAAUGCAGGCAAAAUACGUGAGGCCACACUGCUUCUUCGAGAGGCAAUCACUGUCGCACAAUUACUCGAGCUUGAUCAGGGUAUGCAUUACGCCAAUCUGCCAAUCGAGGAAGCCCAGCUUCAUCUCAGGAUCGUCUGGUUGCUUCAUAUCACAGAAAGAGGACACACCACCCGAUUUGACUUCCCAAGGAUCUUGCAUCUCGACCCAAACCUCCCACCGCUGCAGGCAGCAGAGGAUCCCUCAUCUUUACUACCAUUCACAAGCAUGUGCCAGCUCUUCCAGACCUUUGGACACGCCAUGGACGACGUGUUACCGGGUGCCAUAUCCGAUUUCUUCCACGGCAUGGACAUAUGCCUCCAGAAUACGCAAGAGCCGAUACCCGGUAGCGCUGUUUCAGUUUCACAGCUCGUCGACUUCCUCAUCACGAAACAGUGGAUGAGAAUGGUUCUGUGGAAGCGUGCUAUUUUCCACGUCGAAUUAUCGGAUGACAUACAAGGCAGUCUCAGUGUCGCCUUUCCUGAACAGGUGGCUCGAAUGGCAGCGAAGUAUAUUGUCGAUUUCCCGCGGGAGCUUGUCGAAGCCCAUGGGCUUGGAAUGCAUAUGAAGCUAGCAGACAUUGCAAUCUCCGUCGCGGAUAUGGUCUCCUGCAUGCCUCGUAUCUCAGCACAUCAUCAUCGCACACGCGUUGGUGCGGUAGAUGUAUUGAAAUACCUAGCCGGAUUCAUAUUCUCCAUCUCGAACAGUGUGAACCCUCGCCUCGGCCUUUUGCAAGAGAAGGUCUCUGGCGAGGCCUGGAGUUCCCCAUUGGAGUACCCGCCAUGGGGGAAUAAUCGGCCUGACGACAUCUAUCGAGGUAUUAAGAAGCGGAAGUUGAUGCUAGAUCUUGUGGCAUUAGAAUAA